AUGUCUCUGCCACGCACCCUCGGGGAGCUUCAGCUCUACCGGGUGCUGCAAAGGGCCAACCUGUUGGCCUACUACGAAACCUUCAUCCAGCAGGGCGGCGACGACGUGCAGCAGCUCUGCGAGGCGGCGGAGGACGAGUUCCUGGAGAUCAUGGCCCUGGUCGGCAUGGCCACCAAACCGCUGCACGUCCGGAGGCUGCAGAAAGCCCUCCGAGACUGGGCGGCCAAUCCCGCCCUUUUCGGCCAGCCCGUCUCCGGCCCGCCCUCUCUCGGAGGGAUCCCGCUCUUUAAGGUCGACGGCACGGGUCCGAGCGGCUCGUCGGGCGGACAGAGGAAGUCUUUGAGUAACGGACAGCCGGGAUCGCCUUGCGAGCGGGAGGACCGGGCGUGUCUCACUCCCGUGCACGGCGGGAGCCCCCGGAGCCCGUGCUCUCGGGCCUCUCCCCAGCCGCCGGACGCGCACUGCCGGGAAAAACUGUCCCCCCUGGACCCGCGCUGGCUCGCCCCGGAGCCCGAAGGGAACGGAAACUCGGCUGCCUCGGCGCCGGGAAGCGAAGAGGAUCCGCCCAGUCCGCCGCCUUUGCCCGCGGGACCCUCGGCGUCUCCGAGCUCGUCCUCCGUCCCCGCCCCUCUUUCGGCCUGGCCUGGAGGUCGGUUGGACGGCGAGACGAGCCGCGCCGUCGCGGAAAGCGUGGAGAGACUCCUCAGGACUCUUCCUCGCUCCGAUCCGACAGAGGUUAAGAGUCUGCUGAGGAUCAACAAGAAAAUAGCAAAGACCGUGGGCCACAUCUUCAACAUGGCUUCGCAGGACGUCAAGAAGGAAGAGGAGAUCCGCAAGUACAGCCUCAUCUACGGACGCUUCGACUCCAAGCGGAGAGAAGGCAAGCUACUCACGCAGCAUGAGUUGAUCAUCAACGAAGCUGCGGCCCAGUUCUGUAUGCGCGACAACGCCCUUUUACUCAGAAGGGUGGAACUCUUCUCUCUGGCUCGGCAGGUGGCCAGAAAAUGUGCCUACACCUCCACUCUCAAACACGCGAGGUCAAACGCGGAGGAGGACAACCAUGUGUCGUCGCAGAAGAAACCCAGGAUUGAAAUGACCGGGCCCGAGAGCACGUCAUCGCUCGUUCUCGGAGUGGACGCCGGAGAGGCCUCGGACCAGAAGGCGGAUGAUGACAGCUUGUCUGCAGAGAGUCCGGAAAGCGCCUCACACGACACGGGCUCACAGUGCCAGCCCGCCGACGGCUCCGCCUGGAGUCGCCAUCUCAUGCAACAAACGCUCAUGGACGAAGGUCUGCGAUUGGCUCGCAUGGUGUCACACGACCGGGCCUCCAAAUUAGGGGCAGACGGGACUCACUCUACAGAGCACACCAGUAAAGGUCAUCAGCGAAGCCCGAUCACGGCGUGCCACGGCGUCGGCCCAAACGUCACCAAAGACAACACCGUUCACAGAGGGAAAUAA